AUGGAUCAGGAGAAGUUGAAGCGCAUGCAGGCGCAGGUGCGAAUUGGAACACCCCGGAGAAAAACCAAGAAGGUCCACAAGUCGGCUGGCACAGAUGACAAGAAGCUGCAGACGUCGCUGAAGAAGCUCAACGUUCAGCCUAUCCAAGCUAUCGAGGAGGUCAACAUGUUCAAGGAGGACGGCAAUGUUAUCCACUUCGCUGCGCCCAAGGUGCACGCCGCCGUUCCCUCCAACACUUUCGCAAUCUACGGCAAUGGAGAGGACAAGGAAUUGACCGAACUCGUUCCCGGAAUUCUCAACCAACUCGGACCCGACUCGCUUGCUUCACUCCGCAGACUCGCCGAGUCCUACCAAAGCUUACAGAAGAAGGAGGGCGGCGAGAAGAAGGAUGGUGACGACGAUGACGACGAGAUUCCAGAUCUGGUCGAGGGUGAAAACUUUGAAGGCAAGGUGGAAUAG